AUGGAGCGUUCCGCUUGGCCUAAGAGCCUCUCCUCCAGCCGCAAGCGCGAGAUCCAGGAGCUCUGUGGCCAAAAUCCCAAGAAGCUCAGAGAUGCCUUCGACGCUCACUCUCAAACUGGCGAUGACCCACGCCAGCCCUUGUUUGCGGGAGAUCUGAACCUCAGCGUCCUCGGGUCGUUCAGCAGCAACACCCAAUCCCUAUCGAGCGGGGCUGAGUCCUAUGAGGUCUCGCAGGUCCCGAGCAACGCCUGUGUCAUGUCCGGGGUCUCUAAGGGAAGUGAAAGCAUCAAGACCCCCGUCCCGAGCAACGCCUGUGUCAUGUCCGGGGUCCCUGAGGGGAGUGAGAGCAAGACCUCGGUCCCCAGAGAUCGCCGCGGAUGUUACAAGAGAAGAAAGACUUCGGAUAAACGGAUAAGGAUGGAUCAUAAUUUGAUUGACGACGGGCACCAGUGGAGGAAAUAUGGCCAGAAAGCAAUUCUUAACUCAGAGUUCCCAAGGAACUACUUCAGGUGUGCUUACAAGAUCAACCAAGGUUGUCUAGCGACCAAAAUGGUCGAGAAGUUACAGGACGCUCCGGUCGUCUACAGGACCAUAUACCAGAGCCAACACACCUGCAAGAACCUCAUCCUGAAAUCCCCCUCCCUCAUCCUGGACUCGCCAAGCCCUGGGGACUCCUCCAUCCUCGUCAGCUUCAAACCAGCCUCCCUCCCAAUUUGCUGCCCCCGCGUUGCUGCUCCAUCUGUGACUACCCGGAGCUACUCCGCCUCACCAAGCGACUACCGCCGUUCACUGCGCCCGUGUAGCUGUUCCGAGAGCCCAACGCUGGUCCUGCUCGAUCCGCGACAACCGGGUCUCAGACUGCCCGGCACUCGUCGCGCCUCAGCCAGCGCGACUCCGUCCCUGCAGCAACUGACGCCGCUGCGUCUCUGCACCCGCGAGUUCACCACCGACGCCCGCGACAUCGCCAGCCACUGUCUCCUGCAGCUCUGCCCGAACGACGACACCGAAGCUGCUGCCGAUCCGAGCUUGACUGACCCGAACAGCCCUCUGCUCUGA